AUGCAGUGGGAGAUUCGCAUACCCAUUCUCCACAACACAAAAUUCUCAGAGGCUCCCUCAGCAGACGUCAAGCUGGCGACCGUAGCAGCAAAGAAAGGCAAGAAGGCCGAGGAGGAGGAGCAGCCUGCAGCACCUGCAGCAGCAGCAGCACCACCACCACCACCACCACCAGCAGCAGCAGCAGCAGCAGCAGUUCCAGCCGUGGCAGAAGCUGCUGCAGCGGCAGCAGCAGCGGAGGAGGAGGAAGAGGAAGAGUAUGUGGUGGAGAAGGUUUUGGACCGCCGGAUUAUGAAGGGCAGAGUGGAGUUUCUGUUGAAAUGGAAGGGGUUCUCAGACGAGGACAAUACCUGGGAGCCAGAGGACAACUUGGACUGUCCUGACCUAAUCGCAGAGUACAUGCAGAAACACAAAGAGAAGGAGGAGAAAAAGAAAGAAAGCAAGAGGAAAGCUCCCACCGAGGCCACAGGAGACUCAGCAGAACGAGGGAGUAAGAAGAAGAAGGAGGAGGGGGAGAAAGCCAGAGGUUUUGGUAGAGGUCUGCAGCCGGAGAGGAUUAUUGGAGCGACAGACUCGAGUGGAGAACUGAUGUUCCUCAUGAAGUGGAAGAAUUCAGAUGAGGCGGACCUCGUCCCAGCCAAGGAGGCCAAUGUUAAAUGUCCCCAGGUGGUCAUCUCUUUCUAUGAGGAGCGCCUCACCUGGCACUCUUACCCCACGGAGGAAGAGGAGAAGAAGGAGGAGGAGAAAAAAGACUAGAUGAGUAGAGGAUGAGGAGGCAGUUGUAGGGCAGAAAAUCAACUUCAACUAUAUACUGGUGAACUGUUGUCCAAGUUAGUAGACUCUUGCAGCCACUUUGGCAGAGAAAGUGAUUUGAAAAAAAAUCCGAAAUCAUUGGGAUUGAACUGCCAAUGUAGCUGAGAGAGAGAAGAAGUGUGUUUUCCUGCCCUGGAAGGAGACAGCCCUGCUUUCCUCAAAAGAUGCUCCCACUUGUGUGUCAACUGAACAUGUUUGAAACACUUUAAAGAGGUAUGUUGACACUUAAGUUCCUCCCCUUUGCUUUACUUCCCUCACCAAGAGCAUGUCACUUAGUGGGAGUCGGUGCCUUUGUUCUGCUAGUGUUUUUCUUUGUCGUCUCAAACUAUUGAACUGAAUCCAGUGAAAUUAUGAAAAAAGUGUUUGUCUCCUACAAUUGGUGACAAGUGCUUGGUGCUGGAAAUAACAGGGAUACAAAUCAGGCUGUCAAGCUACCUCUUUAAUACAUGCAUUCAUGUGAGAAGCAAGCCGGGUGUUUGGCUGUGGCUGGCAAGUUUGUCACUCCUCUCAGUCACUGGUCCUUAUUUAGACGUCCUGUAUUAGAUAGGAGGGUGAAGUGGAUUGUGGUGGUUUGGAGAGAACAAACUUCCCUCCCUGUUUUGUCAGAAUACACCGGAGGGAACUUCUUUUGAAUGGGAAAGAAGUGAGGUGUUAUGGAGUAGUUAAAGAAUGGACAGAAACCUUUUCUCUUACAGUAUAUGUUCUCUUUGUGCCACCUGCGUUCUCAUUAUCGCAGUUCUACAUUUGAAACCCCCACACAUCAAAGGACUGUACAUUUCAGACUAGCUAGAUACAAUCGUUAUGUGAAAAGACCAGUUGUUGGCUUUGGCCUUUACGUGUCCUACCAGCCAAUUGGGCAGCCAACCAGCCAGUGUUCAGAUGUCCUGCAGUUGUGUGGUUAACCUGUUUUUUGUUUUUACAAAUACCUGACAGCUUUUAUUCGUCAUUGUAGCCAUGGACAAAGCUCCAGCUUGUACUUUGCUUCCUGUUAGUUUUUUUUAAAUUUUUUAAAAUUAAAACUUUUAUCAAACCUGAGCUUAGUUCUUUGUGCUCAUAUUAUGGAGGUUCAUUGGCAAACGUGUAAUUUUUUGUGAAUGUAAAUCUGUUGAUCUGUUACAAUAUACAGAGUGAGUUUAAUGUAAGUGCACAGACUUAAGUUCAUUUCCUGGUAGCUGUGGCAGAUUUGAUCCCAGAACUUCUAAAGUGAGUUUAGCUGUUUGUUCGGUGGAUCUGAAGCUGGGUAGUGACCUGUCAAAUGGCUGGUGUGUGUACACACUGAACUGCGUCAGACAGAUCAGCAGCUGGCUGGUUGUCAUUUCCACUGAGUGAUGGGUACACUAUUUGACCUCAAUUGAAGACUUGCAUGUAGCAGCUUCUCAUAGCAGUGUAGUACUGGCUCAGACAAACUAACACCUCCAGCCUGAAGAAGUUGAGAUGCCCUUUAACCUAAAGAUUAGAGGGGAGAUGAGUCGAGUACCAACUCAUGAUCCUUCAGAUAGAAACACAUUGUACAGAAAGGACACUGCCAGGCUGUCGAUCUUUUUUAAAAGCACCCAAAAAAGAUCUAAAACCUAUUAACCAGACAAAUAUUAGCUUAUUGCAAAUACAUCAGUUUUGGCAUAUGUCACCCUGGAAACAAAACAAAGUUGAAGAACAGAAAUACCAAAGAUGUUUUGAAACUGUAAUUUUAGCAUUUUUCCACCAGACAAAUGGUUUUCUUUGAACUGUAUGGGACAGAAUAUGGUAUAUGACCGUAUGGUCCUGUGUACAUUUUGUCACAAAACAAAUGAGUAUCUGUGAAUUUGUAGUCAGUGGAUAAAAAAAUGUCUGUAAUGGCUUCAGAAAUCCUGCUUUGGUCAGAUAACAAUCGUUAUGUUGGAGUGUCUGUUUCUUCUACAAGGUAGAACAGGUGACCAAUCUUUUUGAAUGCCUCCUGUAUUUGUAUUCACAGUGCAAGGUGAAGCUGUUGUGUUGUACACCAGUGAUGAAUUCAGCUGUCACUGUGAGUCAUUGGCUCUAGUUGGUUUAUAGAUCUACGGUCUGCCUCUCGUUUGGCUGAUGAGGUGGUGAGAGCGGCUUGUUUGGCUGGUUAGGUGGAGGUUCCCUGAUGAGGUCAAUGUCCCAUCACUCAGUGGAUAGGCACUCAAUAUCAAAUACAACUGUGUUCUCCUGCCCAUGGAGGAUAAAAUAAAAAAUUAUAAAUAUCUUCAUUUCCACGACCUUGUUUAUAAUCUUUUCACACGUGUAUUUUCUAGGCUGUAUUAUUUUAGCUUGCACUUGCCGGGCAACACUCAAGACAUAAUGACUCGGCAAAUUUUCAGUAGCUCCUGGUUCCUCUUGCUUGCAGAUCGUCCUAUGUUCAACACUCGUUGUCAUAUUUGCUAAUAGGAUAAUAGGAUAGAGCUUUUGAAUUCUGCAUGAUCAAUAUAAUCACUUCAUAUUGAAUGUAGCCCGGCUGUGCUUAUUUCCAGGUAUACUCUAUUAAAGCUAAUAUUGUAGCUCACUCUGUUAGCGGACCUAGGUUAGCAAGUUCAAAUCUCCUUUCCCCUAACGGUUUACUAUGGGUGGCCUUUUCCUGCUUUGAGUUAUCUUGAAGAGAAAAAUAUAUUUCCGUAAUUAUAUUUUUCUAUUCCCAGUGGAUGUUAUCUCUGCUUCACUUCACACUGCGUCACAUCACAACCCUUGACAGAGCAGCUAUUUUUAAAUAAAGUGACCCUUUUCCCACAGAAUUUGGUCAUUUUUAAAGAACCCUAACCACGUGUGACAUGUUUAGGAAGGUAUAAAAUUACAUAAAGCAGUAAGUUGCAUAUAAGAUGGCACAAGUGACCACAGAUUGAGUAAGAAUGUUCACAUUCUUACUGUUCUACACAGUCUGAAUACUCAUUAUACAUUUAACUGGUACCACAUCCAGUGUUCCCCAACCAGAAAUGUUUUUUAAACUUGUCAUAAUAACAAAAGAGAUCUGACUCUGUGUGCAGCCGAAUUUACAGCACUAUUUUCAGAGCACUUGCUCGCGCUGUCCUGCUUCUGCUAGCUUGCACUAUGGUCCACCGUCCACACAGCAGCUGUGGCAUGCAAUGCAGUUCUUUAACUCACGCGAGAACUUAUGUCACUCUUUGGUCUGUGUGUCUGUCACCGUGAAUCUCUUGCGUGUGAGUGACCUUUAUGUGUGAGCAGUGCUCCCCUUGUUACCACCAACGUCUUCUUAAUUAAUUCUGUGGGAAACGGCAACAUCUGUUUUUGUCUUUUCAUCUGGGUCCAAAUUCCAGGUCUAAAUGUCAAUCUUAAAAAUCUUUUCACCAAAGUUUGUGUAACUGUACAAGCGCUAGUUGUUCCAGGCGCUUAUGUCUUCACUGUGUACAUCAGUAUUAUGACUAAAAUAUCCUGCACUCAGACUCCCCCUUGACAGGAAGGGAUUGAAUUAGCCGUAUCUGGGUCCGCUACUUAGCUUUUCUAUCUUGUCUCUGAAACUUUUCUCAGUGUUUAGCAGAUUAGCUUGUGUUAUCUUGUUGCUUGUAUAUUGGUUUCACGUGGAUUGUCACUGUCAGGCUGAUCUUAUUUUGUCUGUUUUGGACAAUAAAGUUUUUUUGUUUUCAUAA